CUGAUAAUGAUAGUGGGACAAACAUGGUACAGGUUGAAAAGGUGUGGUUUAGAAUGGUACUUUGUAAAAUUCUCAAUAGAAAAUAUAAGAGUUUUCAUUCUCCACCAAUCUUCUAAAGUGAAUACAUCAUAAUUUAUUCAUAUUUAAUAAUUUAGUUUAGUUUGUUAUCAGUGUGACAAAAUGAAGAUUAUUACUUUAUUUAUGAUAACAACAAUCCUUUACUAUGCAGAAAGUCAAGAAAAUGCUCAACGGACAGUGGCUAGUGGUUUAUUAGAGUGUUAUAAUAAUACUUUUAUUGUCACUAAAGAUAAUCUUUUACCUCAAAACAUUCAUUCAUUCAUCGAUAUUUUACGUAAAGUAGAAGAUAGUCCAGGAAUGACUAUGGAUUUACUUCAAUUAACUGUGGCACUACUUCACAGAUUUCGUCAAGAUGGCAUAGUAGAAAACACAGCAUCAAAACCUAUUCCAGGUGUAAUUCCAUAUGCAGCAGAUUCUUUGCCAUCUGCUAAAGGGACGAAAAUUCUUCAACUGAUUCCUGGAAGUGCUGUUAAUUUUCCAAAUAAUAGUAUUGAUUUAAUUGAAAGAUGUACUUUGCAUUCAAUGGUUUCUACUAGUAUCGAAUUUAAAAAACGUGGAGAUGAAUCAUCCACAUGCCGAACAAGUUCUCAGUAUCGUCGGAUAAGAAACACAGAAGACGGGAAACAAUCAGAUCACAUCAAAAGUGAUGUUGAAAUGUUGACUCCAGAUGAAUUGGAAGAAAUGGGUCAUACUAAUAAUGACUCUAAAAGUAAUUUUAAUCCGAACUCAUUUUAUCCACCUUUACCACCCAACCAUCCUGCUACAGCUCAGAUUAAACAGCAACAACCUUUGAGCAAAUGUCCUCUUGAAAAUGGAGUCAUUUACACUAGCUGGGGCACAGUUACUGGAGGAUCACUUUUAGCAGGAUUAGCAGCUGGGCUUCAGUUUCAAACAGCUAGACUAACUGAUUUGGUACCCAAAAAUGAAGAACGAAUUGAUAUUUAUUCAAAUGUAACAAUUGACAACAAGUGGUUUGCAACAUUGGCUGGAGAUUUAGCUGAAAUAACUCUUGUACAAGGUCCAGAAAAAGAGAACUUGGAACUUGGUCUUAAUGGGCAUUGGAAUUCAUCUAUUCUGCCCAAGUAUUAUUUUUUAGAUGACAAUGAUAACACCGAGUUUACUGCUGCUGAAAUUAGAGGUGGUCUUGAUGGAUUGAUUCUAGCAAGUAAUAUAAGAAAUUGGUACAAAGAUGUACCCACACUUAGACUCUCACAAGUAUUGGAUAUGUAUUAUAGUGAUAGAGGAGUUUUGAAUUCAGGAAUCAAAGCUUGUGAUCGCAGAGGUUUAUUAACAGCAGUUGCACCUACUGAAACAGUUCAUGCCCAGACGUAUGCAGCAUCACUUUUAUUAGAACAGUCUUUAAGUAAAGUAUCUAUUAGCAAACCAGCUUUAGAUGGUCUUGCAACAAAAGCAGUUGAAAAAUUAUUCAGUUUUAUUCCAUCAUCUCUACAUGAUGAAAAAAUUUGUGAUAAUAAAAAUAAACUAUCCAAGUUCAACCAUCUUACAACAGACCUAACUAUUUUCCUCGACACGAACUGGCCAUUCUCAUCGAUACAAUCAAUUCUAACAGUAUUAUUAGAAAAUGCUGAUAUCAAUAGGUUCUCAAGUAAUUUCACUUUAUUGAGUGCUCAUGAUGGAAAUGUGAUUAUCAAUAGCUCUCACAGUAUUUUGGACUUUUACAACUUGAAUCAAACUACUUAUUCUACCUAUACAAGGGGACUUGACUUACCGAAGAUAUUUGAUCUUCUAAUAACAAGAAAAACAAAACAAUUAAAUAACGAAUGGGAAAAUAGAAUCGGUGGUAGCAGAUCAGACAUUGUAUUAAUCAUUACAUCUACAACAAUAUCAGAUACUGAUAAAAUCUAUUGCCAGGAAAGAUUAAAAACUAUUCGUGAAAAUAUUCCAGAUGUUUAUUUAUUCUUCAUGAUUACUGGAUCAAAAGAAAAAUGGUCAGAUUUAGCUGUUGAUCCAAAUAAUGACAUUGUUAUUACUAGUAAUAAUAAUGUAAGAGUGAAUGAAGCACCAAUAUUUUAUUUGCUUAAUAAAAUGAAACAAAUUCCUAGACGUCUUAUUAAUUCACAAUGUGGAGCAAAUUAUACAGCUAGCGGUACUUCUGAGCCAUACAGUAAUUACUUAGAACCAUCUGGCAUUAAUUUUUAUCGAUUACAUCCUAAUUAUUUCUACAAAGUUGACCCUGAAGUACUACCUACUUUAAAAAUUCAAACAUCUAAUAGAAUACCAAUUACUGUUUGUACUUCACGAAAUAAUUUUAAUAUAAAUUCAACGGGUUUAAAUUGUACUACAAGUGAUAUGACUCAUACCAUACAAGUCACCUGUGCUGAGGCAUCUUAUAUUCAUGAAUGUGCUCCAUUGUAUUUAUCAAUUGCUGCAAAUUCAUCAGUUUCUCCAUUAAGUCAAUGCCCUGAUCCUGAACGAUGUCGAUAUCCAGAUAUGUUAAAAUACACGAUUUCUUAUGAAAAUCUUGUUUGUGUUAAUGCUGCAAGUACAAGACUCUUUUCAUUAAUAUCAAUAAUUUUUACAGUCAUUUUUAUUAAUCAUGCAUCAUAAUUGAA